UGGUACCCAACGCUCGUGAAGAGGAGGAGGAGGAUGUGGCGCGCGGAGGGGAAAUGGCUGCCGAAAACAAGCCGGAAGGACUGAAGAAAAUCCGUAAUCCGGAUCGAAUGUACAGAUCAGCUGUGUGUUAUUCGGCCCAUGCUCCUCCUAAGAGUGUCAGUGAUGACACAGAGACGAACAAUGAACAUGGACAUUUGAAAAUAUACCUGCCCAAAAAGCUGCUUGAAUGUCUACCAAAAUGCUCCACGUUGCCAAAAGAGAGACACAGGUGGAACACCAAUGAGGAAAUUGCAGCAUACUUGAUAACAUUUGAAAAGCAUGAAGAAUGGUUGACAACAUCCCCUAAAACAAGGCCACAGAAUGGGUCGAUGAUCCUCUACAAUAGGAAGAAGGUGAAGUACAGAAAGGACGGCUACUGCUGGAAAAAAAGGAAAGAUGGGAAGACUACGCGGGAGGAUCACAUGAAGCUCAAAGUACAAGGAGUGGAGUGUCUGUACGGCUGUUACGUCCACUCCUCCAUCAUCCCUACCUUCCACCGCAGGUGCUACUGGCUUUUACAGAACCCAGACAUUGUCCUGGUCCACUACCUGAAUGUGCCAGCUAUCGAGGAUUGUGGGAAGCCAUGUGGACCCAUCCUGUGCUCCAUCAAUACAGACAAGAAAGAAUGGGCUAAAUGGACGAAGGAAGAACUCAUUGGCCAGCUGAAACCCAUGUUUCAUGGCAUCAAGUGGACUUGCAGCAAUGGGAACAGCAGCUCUGGCUUCUCUGUGGAGCAGCUGGUGCAGCAGAUACUGGACAGCCACCAGACCAAGCCUCCUCCCCGGACUCACAACUGCCUCUGCACUGGCACUCUGGGUGCUGGGAGCAGUGUGCAUCAUAAGUGUAACAGCGCCAAACACCGCAUUAUCUCUCCCAAAGUGGACCCCCGUUCAGGUGGUUACAGCAGCACCCACUCUGAGCUCCAGAAUAAUGAUGUGUCCGAGGGUAAGACAGAACACAGCCACAGCAGCAAAAACAGCGGAGCAGGAGGAGGGAACGUACGUGAAAAACGCAACGGCAAGGUCCACAAACCUGCGCUGCUGCACCAGAACAGCACUGAGGUCUCCUCUACCAAUCAGGUGGAAGUGCCAGACACGACCCAGAAUUCCCCUGUGUCCAUCAGCAGCGGGCUGAAUUCUGACCCCGACAUGGCUGACAGCCCAGCGGUCACAGGCAUGGGCCAUGUUGCCUCUGUUAUGAGCAGCCUAUCCCAGAGUGUUUUCAUGUCUGAGGUGACUGGGGAUCCCGUCUACAGCAUGUCCCCCACUGGAGGCCACAAUACCCAUAUUAUGGGCCCCGAUGCCACCUCUCACAGCCUGGUCUUAGGAGUCACCUCUGACAGCCACAAGUUUGCCUUUCCAGGAAGCGGGAGUGCAGAUACAGGUGGUCCCGGAGCAGAUGGGCUGUCCAUGCUCUCUGCCUCCGGCGUCUCUGAGGAGCUUGUCCUCUCCAACAGCCUAGACUCCAGUGGCAUCAAAAUCCCAGAAACCACCAUGAACUUCGACCCCGACUGCUUCCUGAACAACCCGAAGCAGGGCCAGACAUAUGGGGGAAAUGGAUUAAAGCAGGAGAAUGGCACAUCCAGUGCCUCAUCCUCCUCAACAGCUAGCACCAACGGUUUGCAACGCUCACCAACUAUAUCCGAUUCGAACUACGGCUUCAGUUCUGCACUGGUGAAGAACAUCAAGACCGAGGACACCUCCUUCGAGCAACAGCUGGCCAAAGAAGGGAGCUACCAAGUGGGGCCAGUUGUAAGUUGUAGCGUUUCCAGCGGCUCAGGCUCCCAGAACUCACUCACCUUGACCCCUGCUGCCACUCUGCUUCCCUCUGGAGGGGGCCUGAGUCCAAGCACCACCCUGGAGCAGAUGGAUUUCAGCGCCAUCGAUGCGAAGCAGGACUACUCCGCCGGUGCCACAGCAGUAAGUUAUAGCCAGGCAAUGAACAACCUAGCUCACCAGAACCGAUCUCCAAGCUUUUUUCUUCAAGAAGCACCACAGACAGCCCAGAACCAGCAAGGCCGGCAGAGCUCCAGCCAGAAGGGCCACCUUCUGGAACAUAAUACCACUGACGGGGCCUACAUGGGUCUGCAGGUUGUAAAGACCGAAUCUCCUGGUAGCAAUGGCCACCUCCACCACCAUCACACCCACCAGGGCCAACAUAUACCCAACUGCAAUGGAGGCUCACCCACCGAGGGACAAGGACAGACUGGCUCACUGCAACUUCUUCAGUACCAAGGAGGUUUCCCAGGCCUUGGUCCUGAGCAUGAGGAAGUGGUCGGCAUGGAUCAGAACCGCAAUGUUGGGUCCAGCCAGUCUCGUGCCACUGAAAAUGGGACAGAUGGUAUCCUAAAGUCUGGGGAUCAUCUACAAGCCUGCGGAGGAGGAAGCGGAGAGAGCGGAGGAACAGAUCACUUCAUGCAGCAGAGCUCUGAUAACGGAGCCGGAGCUGAGGCCGUGGCUUUGAGGAAUGGAACCACCACAAGUGGGCCCAACAGCAGCUCGCAACAGCAACUCCAGCCACUGCUUCAGGGAGCUAAUUUGGUACAGGGGCUCUACAACACUCACCACGGGCUUAGUGGGGCUGGAGCCAAUGGCGGAGGAGGCACGGGGAUGGAAAUCAGCUUGGAUCAUUUUGACAUCUCUUUUGGAAACCAGUUUUCUGACCUCAUCAACGAUUUCAUCUCAGUGGACAGCGGAGCCACAGCGGUAGGGGCUGCAGGGACGUUAUACACCCACCAGCUGGUGGCUCCGCCUGGGUCGGAAGGAACAGCCACCUCAGGUGGGAACCAACAGCAAGGUCAAGAGGAUGCAACCAACAGGGCAGCAGGAUAUAGCCCCUCAGAGCUUUGCCUCCAGUCGUGCUAGCCCCAGUCUUUAGGUGGAGGUGCUGGUGCUGGCGGAGGCUCAGGAGAGACAGGCUCACUGGCCUACAUGCAUGUCGCUGAAGUAGUGUCAGCAGCAGUGGCCCAGGGCACUCUGGGAAUGUUGCAGGCCACUGGGCGACUUUUCAUGGUCACAGACUACUCUCCAGAGUGGUCCUACCCAGAGGGCGGUGUGAAGGUCUUAAUCACAGGGCCAUGGCAAGAAGACAGCAGCAGCUACACCUGUCUGUUUGAUCAGAUCUCUGUCCCUGCCUCCCUCAUCCAGCCCGGAGUUUUACGUUGCUACUGUCCCGCCCAUGACACAGGCUUGGUGACUCUGCAGGUGGCUGUCAGUAAUCAAAUCAUCUCUAACUCGGUUGUGUUUGAGUAUAAAGCCCGUGCACUGCCCUCCCUACCUUCAUCCCAGCAUGACUGGCUGUCACUUGACGAUAACCAGUUCAGAAUGUCCAUCCUGGAGCGGCUGGAACAGAUGGAGCGCAGGAUGGCUGAGAUGGCCGGUCAGCAGCAGCAGGGCAGCGGAGGAACAGCAGGGACUGGAGGAGGAGGUGGAGGAGGAGGAGGAGGAAACGGAGGCUCUAAUAGCCAGUCUCAGUGUGUCUCAGGACAAGCAGGAAGCUCUUUUGAGAGUCGUGUGGUUGUUGUUUGUGAGAAGAUGAUGAACAGGGCCUGCUGGGCCAAAUCUAAACAUCUGAUUCACUCCAAGACCUUCCGGGGAAUGACCUUGCUACACCUUGCUGCAGGCCAAGGCUACGCCACCCUCAUCCAGACUCUCAUCAAAUGGCGCACGAAGCAUGCAGACAGCAUUGAUCUGGAACUUGAGGUGGACCCUCUCAACGUGGAUCACUUCUCUUGUACUCCACUGAUGUGGGCUUGUGCAUUGGGUCACCUAGAGGCAGCUGUGGUCUUGUACAAGUGGGACCGGAGAGCACUGGCCAUCCCAGACUCUCUAGGGCGCCUGCCCCUCUCUAUCGCCCGUUCCCGUGGCCACACCAAGCUGGCAGAGUGUCUGGAGCAGCUCCAGAGGGAGGAACAGCAGCAGCAGCAGACCCCAUCCUCUUUACCCCCCACCUCUAGCAUGUCUUUCUCUCCCAACCCCGACAUCCCCACCUCCAAUAGCUGGAUGGUCAGUUGGAGCAGUGACAGUAUGGUGGCCCCCAGCGGGCAGAACACUGGUACAGCCACCACUACUACAACCCCUUGCACAAAUCAGAACCCUGAUUUGAGAAGACCGAGAUCAGAGCCCUCCAGCUAUUAUAGCAACGAGUGCCAGCGGGACCUCCCCCUCGCCAAAAAACACAAGCCCAACCCCGAGCUUGUGCAAGCACAGCUGGAUAAGCCCAUGUCAGUUCCCUUGAACAUGGAGCAGCAGACACAUAAACUGUCAACCAGCCCUAAGACCCUUCCUUCCACCCCGUCCAGCCCGGAUAAGAGCGUCUCAGAGGAGAGUUUGGGGACAGUAGGUAUCCCGCAAGCCAAGAUGGCCUCUUACCGCGGAGGGCAUAAAUGGGGCACUAGAGAAGUGCUCAGGAAGGGGGGCAUCAGCGGGGUAGGAAAGGAGAAGUUGGCCAGCCGGUUGCGACAGCGUGGCGAGUCCUUCAGCAUGCUGGGAAUGGUGGAGAGAGAGAUGGUAGACACUGAGAUACUUUCUUACAAGGAGGAUCUAGAGAACCAGGACUGCCUCUCGCACAUGGAAGACCUGCAGGCGAAUAUGAUGAGCCUGGCAGAGCACAUCAUUGAGGCCACUCCGGAGCGUAUCAAGCGGGAACAUUUUCCAACCAUGGAGUCUGUUCCUCUGGACAACAGUGGACUCACCAACACCAUGAGCUGGCUAGCCAGUUACCUGGGAGACGUGGAACACCUGCCCAGCAUCAUCCACUUGAGUCCCAUAUACGGUGAACCCCUGACCCCUCCCUCCAACCCUAGCCUGAGCCCGGGUAACUCGCCCAUGCGUGAGGGUCAGUUUGAGAAGCCGACCUUGCCCGCUCCGUCCGAGUGGAGUGAGUUUCUCAGAGCCUCCAACAGCAAAGUGGAGAGAGAGCUAGCCCAGCUCACGCUGUCCGACCCCGAGCAGAGGGAGCUCUACGAAGCUGCACGGCUGGUGCAGACCGCUUUCCGCAAGUACAAGGGACGCCCACUGCGCGAGCAACAGGAAGUAGCCACCGCUGUCAUUCAGCGCUGUUACAGGAAGUACAAGCAGCUAACAUGGAUAGCCUUGAAGUAUGCACUUUAUAAGAAGAUGACGCAGGCCGCCAUCCUUAUCCAGAGUAAGUUCCGCAGCUACCAUGAGCAGAAGAAGUUCCAGCAGAGCCGGCGGGCGGCUGUGCUGAUCCAGCAGUGCUACCGCAGCUACAGAGAGUUCGGCCGGCUGAGGCCUCACCGCAGAGCGGCCACCGCCGCACUGGUCCAGCACAAACUCAGAAGCAGUCUUCUCACUAAGAGGCAGGAUCAGGCCGCCCGCAAGAUUAUGAGGUUCCUCCGCCGUUGCCGCCACAGCCCCUUGAUGGACCAUAGACUAUUCAAGCGGAGUGAGAGAAUUGAGAAAGGCCAGGGAACAUGAGAGCGUCCAGAAGAGCCCCCUCACAAUGUGACAUUACUCUCCAGACUCUUCCUUUCAGUUUUUCUGUUUCAACCAGAGACGUUUUACAAGAGGAAAAAAAAUAGCAAGAACACUGCAACUCUUACUACUACUGUAUGACUGAUACUUCGGCUACUAAACAACUGGGUUUUUUCAUAUCUCUUUAUUCCUUCUGUUUCUUUUAUGAAGGAAAGAGCCAACUGCUGUGGAUCAAAAACUCUAAGGACGUUGUUUUAGGAGGAACAACAUUUGCUUCAUGGCAUUUUUUGCACUUUUUAAAGGAUUGAUUUGUCAUUUUAGAUGAGCAUUUAAAUGUUUUGUUUGAAAAAAAAAACAAAAAAAAAGGAUGGAUGGAAGUCCUGCUCUUCAGUGGCUCAUAAAGAGAAGAUAAAUGAAGUGAGAAAGAAAGAGAGAAGAUGACAAAAUAUGGAGUCAACACAGAAACAUGGCCGGACCUGUUCCGAGUGUAUUUCAUAGUUUUCAAAAGAAGUGUUUAGUGGGUAAAAUUGUUACCAAAAUAAUGAAUAAUUCAUGAAUUAGUUUUUGUACAUGCUUUACUCCACAACCAGACAAAUUCGUCAGAAACUUCUUCCAGUCUGUCCCUUACGCUCACCCGUCUUCUCAGCUACAAGAGGACUGGGUUGCUAAUGAAUGUAAGAGGGAAACGAGCAGGCUUGGGUUACGUGUCAAAUGCUGAUGUUGAUCUGCUAACAAGAUGUGUGAAAACACAGGUAUACAUACAAUUUUAACCAACAACUAUUUUCAAAUUGAUGCUAUUCUGCCAGUUCAAAGUUAGCGAGACGUCACAGUGCAGUGGAUCGCUCCAGGCAGAUCUUGUCUUAUGCAUGCUUGAAACUAGGCCGCAGUCUUUUCAUCGUUUUGUUUUUAACUCCAUGAAUGUACUGGAGACACCAAAUGUCAUCACCUCUGCCCAUCAUUUACUAUUGGCACGUUUGUAAAGUUUUCUUUUGUUAAUCCAAUGUUAAACAGUCACUUUGUUCAGUUGAAAAUCAACUUCAGAGGUUUUCUAAGCUCUUUAAAGGAAAAUUACAUGCAUUGCCUUGAUAUCUUUGACAUACUUUGAAGGGUCUCCACACCUGGGGUUAGACAAAUCCAUAUUUUUGACAAUUGAGCGGUUCCUGUACAUAAAGAGGGUUUCCGGUACGCAAAGUAAAACAUUUAUCUAAGCGGGAUUGUAUUUAAGAAAUAUAUUAUUUUACUCAUUGAAAGGGAUCAAAACAGAUUAGCGUCAAAAUCUGAAUAUUUGUAUAGUUUUGUUUGAAUGCCUAAGAAGUAUGGUUGUAUCGUUUGUACAUAGUGUAAAUACCUGGGAUAAAGUCAAGCUACUGUAUGUGCAUGACAAAAAUGAACAAAGAUACAAAAAAAAAGAGUUCAAAAGCAUUAGUGGCUAUGCUCUGAAAAAUUAUUUCACUAUAAGAGUAUUUUAUUUUACUUUGAAUGUUCUUGAGAAGAACAUUUUGCUAAAGCAUGACUUUCCUGCAAUUAUGAAAAAUACUGUAUUUAAGAGGUAGGAGAAAAGGCAAAAUGAUCAUUAGGUUAUGUUUACAUCCGUUUGUUUUUUCUGGGCUACCAAGAAUCUUUUUGCCAAUGGUGCCAAGUAAUGUGAAUGCUACUGCUUAAAGGAAGUUAAUCAUUGCUGAACAGAUAAUCACCUGGUAAAACGCGAUCAGAUUCACUUGCAUUCAGCAGCAUAACCCGUCAACACAGUCGGACAAGGAUGAUGGUGUAUUCAGGAAGGAUCUUUAAGUGUAUCACAUAUCUCAUUUGGUUUCUUUGUACUGUAUAUUUGUUUGUUUUGUGUUUCAUAAGUCUGAAUACUUUUGUAUCAUGUCAUUGAAAUGAUGUAAAGUAUGUUUUUCUGUUAUGAAUGCAGGUAGUUUAAGUGUAACAUUCUGACAGUCUAAUUCAACAAGAUGUGCAAAAAACCCUGUGAGUUGACAGUAAAGAAAUCCACACUGCUUCACUGAUUGAAAGAUUGGGUUCCCAGUUAUGCAUUUAAAUGGGAUUCUUUUGGUGCUAAAACGUUGGCGUCAAGGGCCAAGAUAGACCUCCAAAGAUCAAUCCGUUUCACCGGUGUUGCAGUGACGUUACUUUUAACAGCAGGUGUAGCCGUGGCUUUUGAAAAGGAGAAAGUAUGUGAAAGCGCUCUUGAAAAUGAGUUAAUGCACUAAAAAUGUGUAGAUUUCAGUUUCCCCUCAUGUCAAAAUGCUUUUUGUUAUAUUUUAUAUUUGCGAAGAGAAUGAUAUGUAAAUGUUUUCUUCAGAGUGCUUAUGUUGGAAGUGCCUGAUCAUAUUCUAAAUCCAGCGAGCCGUGUCAGUCUGCAUGUGAGGUUUGCGAUGGACUGGCAUUAGCGAGAAGUGUCCGUUUUUAUUUACCUUUACGUAACUUGUUUCUUUGUCCGUGCUUUCUCCGUGUAUUUCAUUUUAACCCACCAGGAAUUUAUGGCUUCGUCAUAACUCACGUCCUCUAUUGGAACUGCCAGAUGAACCGGCGAGGACUGCAGAUUCAGUCCGGCUGGUUCUUGCCUUGCAUUCAUCAUUCCGGUAGCAGUUUAGGUUGUCAGCUGAUGCACUGCGGUGGCAACUCGAGUCUUAUUAUGCUUGCAUGGGUAACAUAGAUAACCGGGUGGCUGAAACAGCACCCAAAGCAUGCUUAUUUUUGUAGAUUUGGUAGUCAGGUAGACUUGUCGAAGAAAUACUGUUCUGUAAAGCAGCUGGUUUUAUGGGUUGCAGAACUUGAAACAGACCGAGGGCUUCGAAACGUAACCUUACAAUACAAAAAGUCAAAACAGCUGGCAAAUUGUCAGUAGGCUACUACUCAUAUUUACAGGGGCAGCAUGAAUCUUUUUUUUUUUUUUUUCAAAUAGAAUUUGGCUUCCUGUUUCGUUUAUGAAUUCAGUUUCACUCCACUUUUCAUUUACAUUCCCAUUGUUUUCAACUACUCCACCAUAAAAACAGGUUAAAAAAAACGUGUGUACCUCAUUCGAAAACACGCGCCACAGAACUGUGUCCAUAUCCGCGUUAAAGUGUCCAUGGCACUAGUGCAGUUGAAACCUCGGGUGUGAAUCUGACGGGUUCACUUUUGUAUCUUAACUCAGGUGCCAAACUGGAGAAAAGGAGGAGAUAGAGCAGGUCACUUGAGAAUUAGUUGCUGCUUAUUGGGAAACGAGCCAGACUGUCCUGAUCAAAUUACUGUGAUUCUGAACAUGUCAUGCUGUUCACCUUUUUUUAAUCAACUAUGUGAGCUGAGUUGGCGUACCCUAGGUCCCUAAAAACCGGUUUGUCGAAAGCUGGUGUUCACUGACUGGUGUUGUAUAAGAGUGAUUAAGCCCGUUGCAAUGGAGCAGGUCUACGUGAAUGCGUCUGAUGCUUGUGUAAAUAUGCAUGGAUGUUUCGGUUCAGUGCAGCUUCUCCGGAUCCUAUAGUCACUGUAUAAACACACUGCCGUGGAUAUACUGUAUCACAAUAAUGAAAAAGUGCUGCUCAGAUCGAUUCAUCAACAUCAUCAUCACUUUAUUCUAGUCAUAGAUAGACGUUUCAAAACAUUUAAAAGAAUAGCUGUAGUUUAUAAACGCCAGACAAUAACCUCAUCUGGUCGCAUACGGGUUCAUUUUGACAAUUCUGCUUCAGCUUUAACGGUAUCACAGCUCAGCCCACAGAAGAUACCUCAUCAGUUUUGUUUGUCGCAUCGACGACUUCGAACAGAGACUGCCUUUCCUGCGCAUCCAUUCUUUAGAACAGGGCCCUAGGAAACAUCCCACCACUCAUGGACACAGAGCAAUAAGCAAUUCCUGAAGUGGAGACCUGUAGACCUAAUGGGGACAGUGAUCUGUUGGACACACGUAGCUGACUUACUCUUAUGCAAAUGCCAGUAUUGUGAGAUUAGAAUGCAGUAGUUUAAGGACAGUGCUUAUACGACACCCUUCAUGGAGCUGCACGUUUUCAUCCCUUUCAAACCCAGAAAAUAGCGGCCCUGCCUUUAUUACAAGCUACACUUGGGGCUCUCUACACUUUGCAUGUUAAACUAGUGUUAGAUCUACUUUUCCUCUCCUCUCUAGCUGUCUUUCUCUGUGUCUUUCCCGAUUAUGUAGCCCUCUCCUUUCCUGAUGACCCCUGAUUUUUGUUUUUUGUUUCUUCUUUUUUAAAUGUCUUUGUUUUUCUUCCUUCCCCCUGGUUUGAGCAAUUUAUUUUUGUAAUUGUGCAUGUUAAAGAGUCACUGAAUCGAUGGAUAUGUUAAAAAAGAGAAUUCAGCUGCUGAAGCCAUGCAAAAUGUUUUGAAUUGCCCUUAAAAUAUGAAAGAUGUUUUCUGAAUGCUUUAUAUUCUCUCUGCUGUAAAAUAAUAAAAA